GCAACACCAUGACGUCAUUCCCGCUUUCUCCCUCUCUCCCUCUCUCUCUCACACACACACACACACACUGACUAUCCGACAGACCUCCGCCCCUGCAGCCAUGCCGCUGAAACACGGGCAACACCUCGGAUUUUACCCCCAGAGCCGUUAGAGGAGGAGGAGAGGACCUCAACCAGCUUAUAACAGAGCACUUCCGCAGUGUGUGUGUGUGUGUGUGUGUGUGUAUGGGAGUGAACUGGAGAAAAGCGAGGAGCUGAGCAGGAGAAGGAGGAGGAGGAGGUCUGAAUUGUCCAGCGGCACCCAGAUAGAGGAGCCAUGACUGAAGGGGAAGGACAUUUUUACAGCGUGCAGGUGGGAGACUCCACCUUCACAGUAUUGCGGCGGUACCAGCAGCUCCGCGCUAUCGGAUCCGGGGCGCAGGGCAUCGUCUGCUCUGCACUGGACACCGUCUUGGGCAUCCCUGUAGCAGUAAAAAAGCUUAGCCGGCCUUUUCAAAACCAGACCCACGCCAAGCGAGCCUACAGAGAACUGGUGCUGCUGAAAUGCGUCAAUCACAAGAACAUUAUCCGUUUACUCAACGUCUUCACACCUCAGAAGUCCUUGGAGGAGUUUCAGGACUUGUAUUUGGUGAUGGAGCUGAUGGACGCCAGCCUGUGUCAGGUGAUCCACAUGGACCUGGACCAUGAGAGGAUGUCCUACCUGCUUUACCAAAUCCUGUGCGGCAUCAGACACCUGCAUUCUGCUGGGAUCAUCCACAGGGACCUAAAGCCGAGUAACAUAGUGGUGAAGUCAGACUGCACUUUAAAAAUCCUCGACUUCGGCCUGGCCAGGACCGCCUGCACCAACUUCAUGAUGACUCCAUACGUGGUGACCCGAUAUUACCGAGCGCCAGAGGUCAUCCUCGGCAUGAAGUACAAAGAGAACGUGGAUAUCUGGUCAGUGGGCUGCAUCAUGGGCGAGAUGGUGAAAGGCAGCGUUAUCUUCCAGGGCACUGAUCACAUUGACCAGUGGAAUAAGGUUAUCGAGGUGCUGGGAACUCCUUCUCUCGAGUUCAUGAACCGUUUAAUGGAGACAGUGAGGAACUACGUGAUGAACAAGCCACAUUUCCCCGGAGUCAGCUUCAGCGAGCUCUUCCCGGACUGGGCUUUCCCGUCAGACACCGAGCACGACAGACUGAAGACCAGUCAAGCUCGGGACCUGUUGUCUAAAAUGCUUGUGAUCGAUCCCGAGUCCCGUAUCUCUGUCCAGGAAGCCCUGAGUCAUCCCUACAUCCACGUGUGGUACGACCCAGCCGAGGCUGAUGCGCAAACACUGAACACCAAACACACUUUAUCAUAUCAGCCUCCGCCUCAAAUCUCAGACAAACAGCUGGAGGAGAGGGAGCACAGCAUAGAACAGUGGAAAGAGUUGAUCUAUAAGGAGGUGAUGGACUGGGAGGAGAGGAACAAAAACGGUGUCCUGAAGGAGGAGUGCUCAGACGGUGCGGUAAACAGCAGUGCUACAGCUUCCCAGUCCUCGUCCAUUAACGACAUCUCGUCCAUGUCCACCGAACAGACCCUGGCCUCGGACACGGAUAGUUCCUGCAUCGAUGCCAUCGCGGGGGGAUUAGAAGAGUGACUGUGAGGCUCUGCACUCCAUAGCGAUCCGUCGUUCUGUCUCUCUCUUUCUUUCUCUCUCUCACUUUAUUCCUCCCCAUACAUUUUUCUAGAUGGCAGUGUCGGUCCUGACGUGUUCCAGAAGGACUUGCUGUGACAAUUUAAGGCUUGUCUGUCACAGAAUCGAUUUUAUAAUUCCUACUUUCUUUGCAUUCUGUUACGUUAUGUAGCUUAAUCAUCAGAGAAGCAAGUUUUAAAUAUGUAUAGCUAUGGCCUAUGAACUAAAUGCAGUUCUGAUUUCUUUAACGUAAAAACGUGCCUAAGGAUUUCUGAUUUUCCCUUCAGUUUAGAAUAUUCUGCUCAUUUAACUAUAAUGAGCAUUUAGCUAUGAUUUUAACUCUGAAAGUCACGGUACUUUCACUAAUCACUACCCUCGCCGCUCUUCCUGAGACUCUUUCGCUUUCUCUCUCUCUCUCUCUCUUUCUCUCUCUCUUCUGCGCUCCACGUAGCUGAUAUUACCUUUCACAUCCUCUUUCAAGAAGCACAGACACUCCUGGAACAAACGUUAAAGUUCUCAAUUCUCUAUUGAAAGUAUUGCAUGCCGCUCAUGUCGAACUCUUAAGAAAGUAUAUGUUUACACACACACAACCCCCCACUCCAACCCCACCCACUCGAUUACACCUGAACACACUCACGAAAUGGUAGUGCCUGCGUUUUGUAUAUAGACAUGACACGAUACACCAUGUUUUCAAUCGGAGAACUUGAUAACGCGUCUCACUCAUAUAGGGUGUAGCCAUGUAUAUAGACGAUGUGUACAUUUUUAUUAUUAUUUUUUUCUUUUUGUGUGUGUUGUGAAAUCCUGAUUUUACAGCUUCUCUGAAUAUGGUUUUGCAAAAGUACUGUAUGCCAGACAUUUUAUUUCAUAAAGGUAUCUAAUGUUUAAAAUUGGAUUUGUUGCAGAUAAAAGGGUAAAAAAUAACAACACCAAAAAAAAACAAAUGGUGAAAUGAUAAAAGGGAUGCACGAAUUUUCUUUCUGCAUCAUUCCAUACAAAAUAGUUUGUGUUUUGGGAGUUUGUAUGUGUAUAUAAGCUCAAAGUAGAUUAUUGAGUUUUUCAAUUUCCUCAAAGCUCCGAUAAGGAUGUUUUGCAAAUCAAAAUUGUAUUUUUAAAGACCAAUAGAAAGAUAAUUAACUUUAUUUCAUACCAAAUUCUUUAAAGAGAGAUCACUGUCAGGUCUGAACAUUCUGGAACGAAGAUAAGUGUGUGUUUUUUUUUUUUUUUUUUUGCAUUUGGCCUCCGUACACCACUAGAUUGACUUUUUCAGGUUUAUUUUAAGGGAUAUGACAUUAACCAUCUAGGACAGACACCCAUUUCCUGUUCUUUCAUUACUUCAUGACUUAUCAAGCAAAUAAAAGUCCUGAAGGUGGUUCAGACUGUUGCACUUGCAUUUGGUAGCUGUUCACUCAAACUCCCUAUAUGAGGUCCAUAUGCGCAAGUAAAUGAGGUCAUCAUAAGGCUGAGAAAAACAACAUAGACCCAUGAAGAUGGCACAACUAGUAAUAGCAAAUAAAACAGUUUUUAAACAUUAUUAAAAAGAAGGAAUUACCUGGCAAACUCGGCAACAGCAAAAGGCCUGGAGGAGCACGGAAGAUAACUAAAGUGUAAGUCAAGACAGCAGAUUUCUGUCCAACAUGAGGUGAGUGUGUCAUUGCCAAAGUUUACAGUCAACAGGUGUCUUUAUGAAGUAAAUACAAACACUUUGCAACAAGGUGCAAACCACUGGUAACGCUCAAGAACAGAAAGGCCAGAAUAGACUUGAUUAGACAGAAAACUUUGCCAUAUUCUUUGGACUGAUGAAACCCAAAUGAACUUGUACCAGAAUGACGGGGAAAGUAUGGAGAAUAAAAGGAACAGCUCAUGUGUCUGGGCAAGGUGGAACACUUUCCUUCUAGUAACGACCUUAAAAUUGUAAUUCAUGGCCUAAUUUUCUUUCGAUUGGAUUCCUGUAACUCUUUAUACCUUGGCAUUCCUAAAUCUACACUGCCUCUGUUACAGAUGGUGCAAAAUGCAAGAAGCCAGAUUCUUAACAAGAAGUAAGAAAAGUGAUCAUAUCACCCCCUGGCCUUGCCUCAUCGUACUGGCUUCCUAUACAGUUUAGAGAAUAAAGAUCCUUUUGUUUUGUAUACAAGGCAUUAUAUAAUUCUAACCCUUAAUUCUUUGUCUUUUAUUGUAAAACAUGGCAUGGCAUAAGCAUGUUGUUUAUGUCUGCCAUUGGAAACAGGGUCACUGGUGUUUAUUGAUGACCAUUCAGCCAAAUGCUACAGAUAAGAUGCAGCAUCAUAUUUACUAAUGAAUGAUGACCCCAAACAUACAGGUAAAGCUACCCAAGGCAAAGAAAUGGGAUAUUCUUCACUGGCCAAGUCAGUCACCUGAUGUCAACCCAAUACAAUAGAGCAUGCUUUUCACUUAGUGAAAGAUGAGACUAAAAGCAUAAAGACCCACAAACAAUUAUCAGCUAAAGGCAGCUGCAGUAAAGGCCUGGCAAAUUAUCUUGGAAGAGGAAAGUCAGCAUUUGUUCAUGUCCAUCGACUCGAGGCUUCAUACAGUCAUUGACUAAAAGGGAUUUUAAUUCACGUAUUAAAGACAAUGCUUAUGUUUGUAAUUGUGUUAGUUUGUUUUAUUAUUUAUGAACCCCCAAAAUGGGAGUAAUUCCUGAAUGGUUAAUGGCAAGUUUUGUCAGGUCACUUGAACUGAAGCUGAAAGUCUUUAAAGUGUUUCAAUUUAAAUUCAAUGUGGUGGUAUAUGCUGAGGCCAAAUGACAGAAAAAUGUAUCUUUGUUCUAAAAUUUAUGGACCAUAACCCCUUUUGUAUGUAUUAUUAUGUAUUUUUACUACAUUAAGCGAUUGGCAUGCUGUGACUGAACACAGCGAGUAGCAUUGUAUUAUAAAUCCCUCGUCAUGUUAACACAAUAGCAUGUGCUUCACAAUCCACUGAGCGAUGGUGAUACAUUGCUGCUUGUUUGUCCCAUCAUCCAUUUUUUUGUUGUUGUUGUUUGUUUUUUUUUGCCCUUGGGAAGAAACCAACACUUGUAACACAAUUGUCUGUUCUGAAACUUGAAAAGAAAAUGACAAACUAUACAAUUUCAUUGCAGUUGUAUUAUCGUAGCUGUUAUUUUACACAAAGUGCAUGAAUGGUGUUCAGUGCAAAUCUUACUUGCAGGUGCAUACCAGGGAAUGUUCCUUCUAAAGGCGUCUUUGAAGAUCAUUUCCUCAGUUAUACUGUAUAAACGACUCUAAAGCCUCAUCUGGAGGCGAACUUGGCCGGCUUCAUGUUCACGCGGCAUGUACGCACCGUACAUAGGCUUCGACCGACGGACUUUCGGGAUGGACCGCCGUUGAAUAACGCACAUGCAGAGGUGGAGCCUCGGCAUCAAGAUGUUUCCUCAUGCCUUAAUAUCCUCACCAUUUCUUUUUUCAGCCUGGUUUGACUUUUUGGAUAAGAGGAUUAAUGUGCAAGGAUGGAUGGAUAGAUGGAUGGAUGGAAGGAAUGAUUGAUGGACAGCGUUAUCUAAACCAUUACUUUCUUUUGCUUUCAUAUCCAUACACAUUUCUGUAAAAUUGCCAUCAUUAAAAAUGAGAUGCAUCUAGUUCUUUUUUUCAUAAUAGUAGCACGUUAUAAUCUAUUUAUAAUACAUCAUGUGUGUUAUAAAAUGCUUUCCUUCGCUUUAAACCUUUACGAGCUUGUUUAAUGACCAUGAAUCUGAAUCUACAAGCACUUUUUGUAAACACAAGAAAGCUAGCUCUGUGUGAUUAAAUCCCAGAACAAGCUGGACAUUAACUCUCUCAUAAGGGCUUACCGGUGAUCCAGAGGGUAUGUCUGUGAAAUCGUGUGUCACCUUGACAAUCUGUACUGUUAGGCAUGGGACCAGUCUUUUUCUUUUUUUUUACUUUUUUUAACAUCGCAAUCCAGUCGAAUUUUCCCAACAUCAUUUCAUCACGCGAAAACAUUUCA